AUGGAAAAGGCACCUCCUACUUUCUUAAAGACGAUUAAAUAUCUUAGAUCUUCUAAAGUUUUAAAAACUCGUCCAGGAAUUUUGAAUGGAAAGAGGGUAGAGUAUUUUAAAGGUAAAACUGCUGUAAAAGCUCUACUUAAAGAACCAUUUAAAAAAUUAAAGAACGUUCCAAAAAUUACGAAUGAAAAUGAGGCAAGUCAAGUUCUCGAAGAAAUUCUAGAAUUUGCUUUUUACGCGCGAGUUGAACGUUCUGGCGGUGCCGAAAGUUCUCGCAACAAAAUUUUGAAAAUAACCCCAGUUCAAUUAUGGUCAGAAGACCAAUACUAUGUAUGGCUAUAUGAAGGAUCACAACUUUUGAACUCUUUGUUGGGAGUGUUGUUAAUGUUGGUUGUAUUCGUAGCUGUUUUAUUCCCUCUUUGGCCAGCCAAAUUACGUGAUUCAGUAUGGUACGUCUCAGUAUUUAUACUCGGUAUUUUUGGAAUGAUCAUGGCUCUUGCCGUUUUUAGACUUGUAUUGUUCAUCGUUACUAUGAUUAUAGUACCUCCAGGGAUAUGGAUUUUUCCUAACUUAUUUGCAGAGUGUGGGGUUUUGGAAAGUUUUGUUCCAUUAUGGGAUCUUCAUACAACAGUUGAAGACGAAGAUGAAGAAUUUACUGAUAAGAAAGAUGAUUAG